AUGAACAGCGCAAUAUCAAUCGGACGGAUCGGACUAAAUUGCUAUACAAGGCGAGCACAGGUGAAGGACUCGAGAACACUGAUACUGGGAUCAGAUCAUCGCUUCCACUUAGGUACUAAUAAUUCAAACACUAGUAAUAUCAGGGUAACAAUUUAACAUGUAGAAAGAUUCAUGAAUCGGCCUGCUCAGAGUCAGGCCAGGAAGUUUAUGCUAUUAUAGCCUGUGGGUGUUAUUAAGGCCAUAUUUUCUUAGCUCCAACUUACGCUUUCACACAAGAUCCAGCCAAAUCACACAUGUCAUGCAUUCAACGUUAACACUUUCAUUUCGUGAUUCAAGCUACCUGGAUGUACCGCGACGUGUUCUGUUCUUCAUUGUAACGUUUUCAGUGAUGCAGUACGCACGUAAUUGCAUGUCAUUAAGAAAAGAUUGACUAACAUUAUCUUUAUAGUCUUGCGAAACCAAGUUUUUGUAUGAAGCUUAACAACUUAAUUGCAUUUCUAAUUCAACGUAACCUUCCGUUUAUCCGUUUCAUUUUCCCCACACAAUUACAGGUAUGUUUUAUGGCAACAUAUAAGUUUCAGUGUCAAAUUGCGGUUCUUAUGAAUAUGGAAAAAUUUACACUCAUUACAAAAUAUCUCUAGAUCUAUUCCGCAAGCAUUAAUGAUACGUGGAGUAAGAUUAUUCUCAUUUUGUGCUUAACAUUUCAACUCCAUCUUAAAUUGAUAGGCAGACUUUUGUUUCUUAAAAUUGCAUGAGACAUAUCAACGGUUGGAAAAAUUGUGCAUUUAUGAAGUUAGACAGUUGAUGACGCAAAUUGUGCUUUUAACGGUUCGUACGUGGUUAUAUCACGGGUGAAUAACAGACAUAGCCCUAAGGGUUAUUUGCAGUCUAACUUUAAAUAGCAAAGGAGGGUGUUCAAGGCCCCCCCCCCUCCCUCACCCUUGAUUUUUCACGAUUUUUUUUUUUUUCACUGAUACAUGAAUUAUGAGUAAUUCGAUAUAACUGAACUUAUAUCGGACGAAUGUGCUGUGGAAAAUAGUAACGCUUGUGACUAACUGUUACUGAGUGGUGAGGGAAUAAAAUUAUUGUGCAGGCAUAAAUGUUCAAAUGGUAAGCGAAAGAUGUCAUGCUGAAGACUUGACUAAGGUUUUUCCUCAGAUCUAACAGUGAGAUGCAAAGACUUUGACCCAGUAAUUAAUUAUGCUGACUCAGUGGACGAGAUCUUUAGAAGAUUUAAAAUAGCCGGUAGUCUGAUCAAAGAAAGAAAUCCAAAUUUGUGCUCUUUAAAAAUGAUUUGUGGUCUCGGAUCCUAUUUGGGGCAAAACUGGAAUGUUUCAAGAGCUUUGUACAUUUCCGAGCCACUUGAAAUGAAAUAUGUUAAGUGAUGAUAAUAAAAUUACCUUGUUUAUAUUUAGUGAAUGAAUAUGAGAAGGAACACUUUAGUAAAAUCUCAUUUCAUGCACUCUUGGGGCAAGUUUCCUAUUUUUCGAUCAAUGUUAGCCUGAUCUUAUAUAUCAAGGCAAGAUACUUUAAAAUCAUUCCUCCUUAUCGGGGUCGAUCUUGAAUUUUUGUAUUGCAUCCAUGGUGGAAAAAAUUUUGUGCUUCAGAGGGCCAGAUUUGGAUGAACAAUACAUGAUUUUAAUACUCUAUGAAAUAAGACGGUGAUGAGAAGGAACGAAAAUGCCAUCUUUAGGCGGCAGUUUUGGUUCAACACAAAUAUCUUCGGGCUAAAUUUUUACAUAGGUAAAGCCGCAGACAGCACGGAGAUGUGUUUUGGACAUUAUCUUGGCACUAAAAGGUUGAUAAGGUUUGCAAAUAACUUUCCCAAACUUUUAGCCUAAAAUAGAAGACUGUUUGUAAUGAGAUAAAAACGAAAGAGAUUUUCUGUUGUUUGGAAAAUAGAAAUCGAAAAAUUCGCAAUUUCUUGUUCUUACCAGUAUCUCCAAGCAUAUAUAGUUCAUUUCUGUCGACAUGCAAAUAAGCUCCCUACAUGCAGCUGGCCUUUGCUGUCGGGAUAAACCCAACCAAACUUUAUACUUUGAGAUUAGGGAACAAAGGCAGAAUUUGAGUUACCGUUAAGAGAUUUAAGCAAGCGUUCCUUUGAAUUUACUUGAAAUGUUCUUGCAUUGUUUCCGACCGGGUAAACAAAACGUUUUUUAUGGGGAUUCAGAGACAAAAUACACCACGCCUGAGGCUAUUUAGGAAUUUUACCAGCCAGACUGCGGAGGAGGAAUGAUAUUAAAACGUGAACACCUCGCUGUUAGUUUUGGAUAUUCAAAUUUAAAAUCGUCAGCUGUAUUGAACUAACUACAUGGCCGUCUAGUGACGUUUGGAUAACGCGCUGAGCAGACUCUUUCGAGAAGGUUCACCCAAUUACUUAAUCUUGCAGUGUGGGGACGGAAAAGGUUUGAAGCCGUUGUCACCGCUGGCAGCCUCGAAUAUAUAAAAGUAAUGUAUACUUUGUAGGUUUUAGAACCAGUCGGAAAUUUUACUUUAUGAGUAGAUUUGCUAUUGUCCUCUUAACAUCAGUAUGUCUUAUUGUCCCAUGCAGAAUUUAUAUCCGGACAGUCUGAUAUGUCACUUUGGAUAUGUUAAUUUUAACACAAUGUCAACCCAGUUCUCGCUUUUAUCAAAAUAAGAACAGUUUUCAUUAAAGUUCUCAAUUCAACUCGAAGAAAAGAUCUUUCGGGUAUGAAAGUUUCUCCAGGUUUGUGUUCAUGUCUUUCUUUUAAAGAUAUGAACGAUUUUUUUAAGAUUUAUAAAUUCAAUGAAGUGAACUCGUCUUUUUUGGAUACAUUCAGCAGCUGCUCGUGCUUGAUCAAACUUCAUUAAACUGAAUGCACAUUUUCACCUGGGAAAGUCGGGAAUAAACCAGGUAACAAAUUACUCUUUUGAAAUUCAUUCUGUGCCCUAAAAUUUAGUUGAGGAUAAAAGAGAAGUGAAAAUUAUGUUGGUGAAAGGUUUCAAAUCUUCGCACUCUUCAUUCGAUAUCUGCAAAAUAAACAAAUAAAUAUGUACGUGCUAAUUUAUAAGCGUGAUUCGGCUCGAUUUGAGAACGGCCCAACUUUUGCUCGAUCCUAAAAUUAAUUCAAGAGAUGUUCAGAAAUUAUAUAAACAAAAAAUUGUCAGGGAGAAUGAAAGAUAAAGGAAGGGCAGAAAAUGGAACUGAACCAGCUGUAAAUAUAAAAAUUUUCCUUCCGCCUAUAAAACAAAAAUGUCGUCAUCGGACUUUGUAAUGUUAUUAAAAAUACAAAUGUGUAUACAUUAAUGACGGUGGCCAGAGAAACCCCUUAGCAUUUAACUGAAUCUUCUAACCAAUCUACCUUAACAAACGCAAUAAUUUUGAUUCUUCGCUCAAAAUGCUCCUCUUAAGCUGAAAAAAAAUCAAAUUCUUUCAUGAUGGUAAAUGUUAAUUUUUCCCUUGGUCAAAUUGACGUGGCCAAGUAAGCUUGCUGUGUGCGUGUGGGCGGUUAUUAAAGAAAGAACAACAGUUUAAUUCUGAGCUCACGUUGGAAGCCGAGAAGACACGUAUCGUAACCAUGCAACUCCUUACAAGAUUAUAAAAAGGUCCAAUGACCCAGUUCACAGCCCAACUAGAGAUUUAAACGCAAGAUACACUACACUGUAGGAAAUUUAAGGAAACAUUCUGAUCAACCGGUUAUCUUAUCUGCUAUUACAGGUCCUCAAUUUGAGGGACGUUAAAUUUUUUUUUUUUUUAACAGUUCCGAUUUCUCCUCAGGCAUUAAUAAGGACUGCGUCACAAUAUAGAGUAGCGUCUAGCUUUGAUACAAUUUCGCUUCCAAACUACAACUUUACGUACGUGCAGAACAAACGAUCUAUGAACACCAUGGGAUAAAUUGUGUCUAUAAUUAUCUAACUUAGCUAUCUGCCAUUUCGUUCCAUUAAUCGCAGGAUGCUCAAAAUUAAACUUUUAAUUCUUUCGCUUUUAGCAAAAGAUGAAAGGGCACAAUUAAACUUAGUCUUUAUAUAAAGUUGUUUGUAUUCUUGGCUUUAGUUUUCUCUCACCGUUCUACUCCUCAUCAUUACUUCUUUCCAGUUGUGAAUUUCGUGAUCUGUGCCGUAAAAACAUCGAUGUCAUAUUUUACCACUUCAAACGGUCAUAUGUAAGUAAACAACUUGAAUCAAGCAAAACAAUCAUUUUGCACGCCUCCAAUUCGCACACUGAUGUAAAAAGUAGAAACUCGCCCAGCCCGCUUUUAGGGCGAGCGCUUUACAAAAAGUCGAACUCAGCAAGCGUUUUCUACACCAGUUUUAUUUUGGACUCCUUCGCAACCGUACCGAACGAAAAGGUAUGAAAAAAAAGGUUUUUAAUUCCCAUAGCUGGUGCAAGGUAAAGAAAAUUCUAAAAUGUGGGUCUAACCUUUUAAAACGCAUCUCUAUUCAAUUUUUGAUUGAAACAAUGUCAGAAUGUUAGCUCAGUAACCUGGAGAUGUGUAGCGUCUCAAGCAAGUUUGACACGAGGUGAACUAUUUCAGCCGGCUGUUUUUUAUUUACCGUUUACUGAAUUUCUAUGAGCUACACGACUUGUUUGCCCACUUACAGCGUGUAUUAGUUGACAUAAGCUCAGUUGGAGAGAUUUGCUCAGGUCGCGUCGUACUUGCCAAGAGCACCAUACAGUGUUUACUUUCGUUUCAUUUCUCCAGGGUUAACCGAACUGCCGAACUGGACGUGAAAUAUAGGAGAAUGAGCUGAAGGAAUCAUCGGGAAAACGAGGUUAGCCCAUAAAAAGGAUGAUAUUGGAAAAAUAUAUACUAUUUAAAGUUUUAUAAUCAGUUUUAAUCAGCUAAAAUGCUCGCAUGGCCAGUGUUCUCUCUGUCUUGAGCUGUAUCUUAGUUAGUUUCUCACUCGGCCCGCUUGAAAAAAUUGGCUUCACAACUUGUAAUUCGAUAUCUAUUAGAACUGGUGAGUUCAUUUCCUCGUGAGCGGAAGGGAAAUGUGUCUAGUUCUUCUGAGUUCCCUUUGAUAAAGUUUCUAACUUGGCAAAACCAUUUGUACCUUGCAAUAAGAUCAUUCAUAACUCAGAUGUCACUCAGCAUCAUGCACAGCACGUGUUUGACUGAGAAUAUGCAGUAUUGAUUGUUUUGUUUAUUUACUGCCUCAACCUUGGCUAUUCUUAGACUUUGCUUCCGCGAUAAUAUUUUCGAAGAAAUGUUUUCACGACAUAUACAGGGUUGUUAAAAAUUUCGCCUGCGGGGAUUAAAAUAAGAACUGACAAUGGCUCGAGCUGAGUUCAGUACAGCUGUAACAAAUAGUAUCGAAUUGAAGUGGAAACCGCUAUUUUCAAUUCUAGACCUUUCUAAAAUCCUUUUUCAAAAGAUUGGUUAAUUCCAUUCAGAAAAAAAAUCAUUUUUCAGUAGUCAAGUGUCACGGAAUAUUCUGACUUCUGCGGUACUUUAAUGAACGCUGUCAAACACGACCGUGCUCUGCUGCUUGCCAAAAAGAUUUAUUGCAGCAAAUUUGCGGGUUCCUUCAUUAGGAGAACCUGUUUAAUGAUUAAUAGUUCAAAAGAAUCGAUGACCACGAAACCCAUCGGCAGAUAAUGGUCUAAUUCAUGUAUAAGAAACCGUAAAGACUUAUUAUCUUACACGUACAGACAAAGCCUGGCUAUUAAUAGCGUUCUGAAAAAAUAAAAAAAGGUCCGACUCUAAGGAGCCUUAGCAGUUAGCAGGAUUUCUUUUCCAAUUGAAACUGUGAAAAGAAUCAUAACGACGUGGGAAUUAAAAAGAUCCUCUUAGGUUAUAGAGUUAUGCAUUAUUUAUAGUUGAAGCUUUGUCUAAAUGAAGCCAUGUUUGCAGUCAACUAAUUUCAGUCUGGUCGCUCUUCAUGUAAGCUAGUGCUUCUAUCACAUAAUAACACAAUGGAGAAGAUUUCAGUCCACGGUUGACGGCUUUAGCAUUUUCUCAAACAUUCCCAAGGUAAAACUUUUAUACCGAUAUGAUUUCUUUCAAGUUAGCCAGAUUUUAGUUGUUUGUAGUCGAAUACUUUCCUUGAACGAGAAAGCCGACUGAAAAAAGUUGCGGGAUUUAAGUAUGUUGCAGUCUGUUUUAUCUCUCCUUCUCCCUUCCACGGUCGUAGGAGCGAGAAAAGGAAGCCAGGAGAGAUGUCAGUCUCUCUCGACCAAAGGUCUUGCUUCACGUGAAAAGGAAAACAGACCGUUGUGACAGCAUUGUUUGAAAAGGACAAAUAUUUGCAUCAGAAGCACGCACGUGAUGCAUCCCGGGGUAGCUAGGCAGUCGAACAAAAUCGAAAAGAUAAUUUGUAAGUCAGAAGAAAUUAAAUUCAAAACAUGGAUUUCAUCAUUUCAAACGAGCUGAGUAUUUAAAUAUCAUCGAACGUAAUUGGGCUCUCGAUCAACCCUUCGAUUUCCGAACUCUCGCUUGGUAAUAUGUGUUAGGUAAUGAACCUCGUUUGAUUUUCAGAAAAGGCUGUCCUUGGAGAUAUGUACGUAAUCUUCAUUUAACGCGAUAAUCUGAUUUGGCUGCUCCUAGACUAACAGGAGUACGGCUACACCCCUCCGGCCCAAGGGCUGCAGGCAAAGUUAAGUUGUCUGUAGAAGUGCAAAGUUAAGUUAAUACAAGGCGAUUUUGACAUGGAAACAGACGAAAAUUUUGAAGCGUGAACCAGCUCCAGAAUAGAAGGUGACUCAAUGAAGUCAUGAAGACAAGGAAGUUAUUUAAUAAAUGUUUCUGGGAGUUUCCGUUCGAGGCUAAGUUCAUCAGCUUUUGUUGCAAAAUUAACAGAUUCAAUGAAAUGUUCAGAAGUAUCUAAAUACCGAUGAGAAAAUUGCUUUUAUUGUUACGUGCACCUGCUUUUUUGGGCUUGAUAACAGUGGACAUCAAUUUUAGCUGUUCGAUUGAAUUCGAUUUUCGUUUGAUUAGUUUUGGUUUAAUAAUCGAACUCUCAGGAAAAAAGGAGCUGUUGGAAUUUGUUUGAGCAUCGAAUUCUAUCGAACACAACAUGAUGGAUUGUGUUUAGUAGUAAGUUCGAUUCUUUGGUAUCCCGCAACUCGCAGAAAACAGUCGCUCGAUUCUGUUCCAUUAAUGGGUUUGUAAGAUCCAAGCACCAGUUCAUUAACACCUUUAGCUUCCUCAUGUAGUUACCACUGAAAGAAAUACAUUUUGGGGGUUUUUUCUGUAGCAUGCGAAACUCUUUGGGGGAAACAGCCUGGUCAAACGCAACUUCAGUAUCAUCAACAACUCUUCUUGAUCUUUAGGGCAGAAAUUUGAAUAAAGGAGUUUUAAAAAUUCUCAGUUGGAGAUAAAGGGAGUUCAAUCAUACUCGAUCCGUGGUUUGAGUUGCAUCAUGUCAAUAAAGUUUAAUUGCCAUGAUUACUGAAAGUUCGAUUGCCCUCCCCAAACAAAUUCUGUGCAUUGUUCACGAUAUCCACGGUAGUUAGUCGGUAGUGGAUGUAAAAACACUUCAAUACGCAAUAUAUAGCUAUUACAGUAAAGAAGAUCGCAAAAGUGCAUGGGUUUUUUUUGUUUUCUGUCUUGUUUUCGGCAAAAGGUGGAAAAAAUUUUAUGCUAACUCUAAUUCAUUUUAGGUUUUUGAUCAAAACAUUUUACAAUUUACUGUAAUUUCAUAUUACUGUAAUGACUCUUUACUUAUCUAAUUUUUUUUAUUCACAAACAGUACAGCAUGGUCCUUAUUCUUUCUUUAUUCUGUGAUGGUGUUGUUGAAAGUGGUAAUACUUUAAUGCCUUUGUACUUACUUCGAUUCCGACAUAAUUUCCGCGUGAGAAGAGAUUAACAGGCCAUAAUUGUUAGCUUGUCGUAAUAGAAGUAAUUCUGCGGGGGCUGCUUUGUUUAAAUUACAGCUUUUAUAUUUUCUCAGAUCCAAUAUAUAUCGUCAAAGAAAUCUGUGCCUUUUCAAAUAAAAUGUCAAAAAGUGUGCAAGAUAAACCCAAAGAUUGCUGUUUUUUUGUCCACUUGUCAUGUUGUUAAAAGACCAUUCAUCAGGUUUUCGAGAUAAGUGAUUUGUUAUGCAAGUUUACUCGUACGAGUUGGAUCGGAGAUAGCCAUAAGGGUUUUUUAUGCUUUAAGGCAGAUAAUCGAACUUUUUAAAUCAAUUGACUGAAACUUCGUUGGUCAAAUCACUCAGUUGAGCUUGAUCUAAGAAAGAAUUAUUUACCGCUGAGAAAAAACAAGGUUGGUAAAGAACAUCUGUUUCAUUGUAGAUGAUGGAUGUAGCUUCUGCAUUAGCUUAGGAGCCAAGGCUAGUAGGGAAAUCUUCUAUAGGCCAUUUUCGCCAAAUACAGAUUUGCUUUCAUGCAUUUCAUACAUCUUCCUACAGGAAGUAAAGCAAGGUUCAAGGUAGAAACCAGCGCCACCUUAUUCCAAACGCCUCCUUGUACGAUUUGUAGGGAUGACCAAGGAUUUAAUAAACAGUUCAACACCAGACUCUUCUAAUACAAAUAAUACCUCGACGGUUCAGGAAAACAUGGGUUCACUUGGAUUCUAUGGUACAGACGAAUAUAGCGCCAUUAUUGUGGCACUUCUUACCGUUGUAAUAGUGUUUGGUGUUUUGGGAAAUUUAGCCGUUAUUGGAACGCUAUUCCAACGCCAGCGUAACCUAAAGACCUCUAGUAACUACUUGAUCAUAAAUAUCGCCAUUUCCGAUCUCUUAGUUGCUGUCAUUGUAGCUCCACUUCGCUUUGUAGAAAUGUACCAUGGCUGGCCGCUCGGGAAUUUCUUGUGUCAUUUCUUAGCGCCUCUGCAAGACAUGAUUGUAUGCGUUUCUGUAGUCACACACACCUUCAUUGCGCUGGAACGAUACCGUGGAAUAGUCCAGCCAUUUAAAGAAAAGCUCACCAUUCAGCGAACAAAGCAAGUUAUUGGAAUCAUUUGGCUAACCUGCUACAUUGCAAGUGGGCUUCCUGUGGCUUUUGUGGUGAAGGAAAGCGUCGAGCAUGGACGCCAAGUUUGCAAUGUUUCGUGGCCAUCGGAUCUUUCUCGUCAACUUUUUAUACUUUACCUAGUCAUCAUAUUUGUCUUCAUACCCUUGGUCAUCCAGACGUAUGCCUAUUCACAAAUCGUUAAAGUAGUUAACUUAGAAAUUACGGCUGUCAGGAAAGACGAGUUCGUGGAAAUUCGCGCAGUUAAACUUGCGCAAAGCAGAGCUCGCGUGCUUAAAACGUUAAUCCUGCUUGUUUGUGCAUUCUACAUAUGUUCCAUUCCUCGUGUAUUUACCAUGCUAUUGUGGGAAUUCGGCGGUGGCCUGAAAGAGAACCUCGAUUUCCAUUACGCCAUCACAAUAACUCUGAUUGUGUAUUACCUUAAACACGUGAUCAACCCAUUCAUCAUCUUUGGUACGAGUGCAGAGUUCCGCUAUAAUUGUGGCUACAUGUGUUGUCCACCAAGUGAGUAGGCGGGUAGGUAUUCAGCACACGAGCCACACCUACCUUAUUAUUCAGUCGACUGAACGGGCUGAGUUAAUUUUUUUCGAAAUCGUAUUCAUUAUAUCUUUGACAAUACGGGGACGACCAUUUUUUAUCGCGGGGUGGGGGCGGUGGGAGGGUUUUGUUGUGUCGCAUUAAAACUACCUCAUCUCUUCCGAUGCCCAGUAGUAUUCUAGUAAUCCCCCUUAUUGGCGGUCAAUGUUCUACAUUUCCCCCUUUAAACUUUGCUAACUACGACUGAUCCCACUCCGUCCCCCUAAAAACCAUGCGAUCCUCCUCCGAUCCCACCCCCCCCCCCGCCCCACACACAAGUGAUAGAUAAUGACCGGGCCCCAACGAUGGUGAGUCAAUCGUAAUAUCAUGAAACAAGAACAUCUUUGAAAAAUAAUAUCUCGCUUUUCUGCUGAGAUAGAACCUUCGUUAUGAUGACGACUCUCAACCGACGUCCAGCUCCUUACUGGAACCGUGAAGCCACAACGUCUUUUAUCAUCACACAUGUUAUGUUUUUUACAGGAGCUGAUUAACGGAUAUGAAUUUGUCUUUGGCAGGUUUGUCACAUUCACCACGACCAAAACUAGCGAGUAG